ACGUGUUUACUGAAUGACACAUUGAUGUCAACAUUUGGAUUGAUUUGAGUGUGAAUUGAAAUCUGAAGACAAUUACAAUCACCACAAAUGGAUUCAAAUGAAGUGAACCAACUGAUCAGCAAGAACAUCUCGUGGACCAAACUACCAGAUCAUGUCAAACAGAGUAUUGGAAACAGCGAUGAAUACGAUAAAAAAGUCCUCGAGUUUAGUGUCAAGAAUCAGAUGAGAUAUCGCAAGAACUUAGUGAGACACAUCGAGAAGAGUGCGAAGACUUAUUACGAAGAAGUGUUGCGAUAUAGUCGACAGCACUUCAUGUUAUUUCCCUACCAUUUGUCGGAUAUAAUCGUA